UCACUUCUAAUCAUUAUAUAGGAGAAAUUAUGCUUUGGGAUAUAACCUCAGUCAUUGAAAUCGUGAUAGGGUGAAUUAUUUGAUCGUAAUCCAUAAUAAUUUUUAAAACCGUCAAAAUAAUAAUAAUAAUAAAAAAAUAAAUAAAUUAAAAAUCAUAUAAUGCCGCUAAUUAAAGGUUGCUGGCAACUUGAUAAUUUCUACAAGCCUGCGGAUCACAUGCAAAAGAAGCAAACGGAUUGCUAUUACUAUUACUACAGCACAUGCAAAAAUGGAGACAACUGCGAAUAUAGGCACGAACCACUGGCACUGGGUCGCGAAAUUAUGUGCAGUAGAUGGCUGGAAAGACGUUGCUUAGAACCUCAUUGUAGGGAACGACACAUGCGAAUUGUGAAAAGACGUGAUCGUACGCCUUGUUUUUGGGAGAAUACGACGUCCGGAUGUCGAAAACCGCAUUGCCCCUUCCAUCAUAAUCUACCAAAGCAACUAUCACAUCAGCAACUCACUGCUCUUGUGGAAGAGGAAGCCGAGGAUGCAAUUGGAGGAUCGAUCGAGAAAAUCGAAAAAGGCUUAUUCGAAGGAAUUGAUAUUAGCUCAAGCGUGGACAUACCGACAAUAACUAUUACCAGUUUUGAAGGAAAUAUAAUUGAACAAGAAUCGAGUUCCCACGACAUCAUAGAUCAUGAGAGUCCUGAUGAAUCGCGGGCUUCAAGUGGAAUACAUUCGAUGGCGGAAGGAAGCAUUUCAGACUCUCAAAUGGAUUUGAGCGUUGAAUUCAAGGGACUUUACAUGGCUGAUUAAUAGAAAUAAAUGUUAAUGUCUUUGUAUAACGAACCAAUUAACACAAAUUUCAGAUUUUACGAUCUCCGAAAAUCAAUUUUAUUAAUUUUAAACCUAUUUGAAUCUGGUUGUCAUUGAAUUUCAGUUUUACCAGUUGUAUUUUCUUUUUAAUUUCGGUAUAAAGAAAUCUGAAUUAAUACAAAUACAAAUAAUUGUCUAUUACCUA